AUGUCUACUACCCCAACUAAUGUUGACCAGCAGCCAAGUGCUCCCAUAGAGGGUUCCACCCUCACCAACACUGCAGCUGCACAGCAGCAGCUUGGGUCUGGUGAACACCCAGUACCUGCUGUGGUAGUGGCUCAAGAAGGUGUGCCUCUAUCCGGCCAAGAGGAGGUAGCCGCGGCUGCGGAUACUACUACACCCAUUACCAAGCAUUAUCGUAUAAAGCAUAUGGAGUUCCUGGGGUCGGAAAGAUCAUAUCUCCUCCAGAGCGAAAAUGGCCCCUGCCCACUUCUGGCUAUCGCUAAUGUACUCCUACUUCGUAAUAAACUGCAACUCCAUAAGGAUAUGAGCUCGAUAAGCUUUGAUGAUCUCGUCGGUAGAAUUGCCAAUGUCAUGUUUGAUAAUAACCCGGAAGGAGGGGAUGUGGCCAAGGGUUUAGAAGAUGCAGUGACGCUCUUACCAAGCCUAAAUGAAGGUUUGGAUAUUAAUGUGAAAUUCGAUUCUUGUGAUGGUUUCGAGUUCACCCCCGAGCUAGGAGUGUUCGAUCUCCUCGACAUCACCCUCGUCCAUGGUUGGGUUGUUAGCAAAGAUGAUUUAUCUGCCUAUCCGAUACUUGGGCCGCUUACCUACAAUCAAGCGAUAGAGAAAGUCGUGGCAUUCAACGAGUUACAGUCCCAGGCAUUAGAGGGGAAGGGCUCGCCUAUCGACCCCGGAACAUAUGAAGAUGGUCUUGCUGUUAGCCAGUGGCUUGAGGACAACAGGUCGCAGAUGACCUAUGAUGGAUUAUGCCAGAUUAUGGAACGCUUGAAAGACAAUGAGAUCGCGGUAGUGUUUAGGAACAACCAUUUCGUUACGGUAUUCAAGCCUCGUCCUGGGGAGAAUGGAGAGACACACUUGUAUGCUCUGGCGACUGAUAUUGGCUUUGCUAAUAGUUCUGUAACUUGGGAGCGUAUCGAUACUCUUGAUGGUGAUACCUUGUACUACGACACCGAGUUCCAUAGGGCUACUGGACAAUCCCCAGCCUCGAGGCGGCAACCUAUUGACAGAGCUGAUGAUGACCCGGACUAUCUAUUGGCGUUGAGUCUGCAGAUGGACGAUGAUGAACGGGCCCGACGACGCCCUCAGACCUAUGUGGGGCCUAUGGGAGUUGCUAUGGUCACUGAUAGGAAUGAUGGCAACCAACGGAGUGGUCGAUUACAGCAGCAAGAGGGUGGUCGUCGGAAGAAGAAGUUCUGUGUUAUCAUGUGAAGACCUCUCUCAUCACUCACAGGGAAUGACAAGUAUCAUUAUUAC